AUGAAUACAAAAGAUGAUGUUUUUAUGGUUCUCAAAUCGUAUUUGAUACAAACCACAAAAGAUAAAAGAGUUCCAUCUUUAUCAGAAUUUGUUCGGUUAAACACAAACUUUAUUGCAAGGUUAUCAAAAAACUCAAAAAAAAAAUUUCAAAACACAUGGAAAAAGCGGUUUUUAUUGGUUACAACUGACAAACCUAAUUGGAAUUUGUUUAAGAGAGAAAUACGUCAUAAAAGUGAUAUUGUGCAAAGCUAUAUGGAUCUAAGUGAUAUAGAAGAUGGUACGGAAUCUGAAACAGAUCUUGAAGAAACAAUACAUAAUUUUAGUCAUUUAAAUUGUAAACAAGUUUCAAAUAAGAAGGCAGGACAAUAUAGGUUGAGUCCCAAAGGUCAAAAGGAAAUCGAACUUGCCUAUAUAAAGAUGAAGGAAAAUAACAUACGGAAGUUGUCAACUAGGAAGCUUGUGAAAAAGGAGUUGUACAAACUUGGAAAAACAUUGAAAUUUGAGCAUCCAUCGCACUCCUUUAUAAUUGACGUAAAUUAUGAAGUAAUUAAAAAACACUUUAACGAUGUGGAAUUACAAGAAAUAGAAUUUCCUUCUCCAGAAGUGCCUGAUCUUUCAGAAGAUAUCAUCAGAUAUCUAAAUACAUUUAUGGAUAAGAAUAGUGCUAGUGAUAUGUGCACCGUUUUAAAUAAACAUAAUGAAAUAUUCGAUAAAAAAUAUGAUCCUAAAAUUCAUCAUGACCUUGAUUUUAUAAGAUUUGCGAUCUAUGCAAUAGAGAUAGAAAGUGGAAACCUUAAACACUCGCACCUUGAAGAAUGGUUCAAUUUGCACAUUUGGCAUGCAAUUUUCAACCAAGGAUUUUUAAAUUUUAAGAAUAUUUCCGUUAUAGGUCAUCGUGGCGACUGGAUACUGCGAAGAACCGGUAAUGGAAAUCGUCUUGAAUAUGGAGCUGGUGAAGUAGGGAGAAUAGGAGAAGACGAAUUUCGCACAAAAAACUUUAAAGGGAAUGUGUUUGAAAUUGCCAAAAACAUUAAAAAACAUGAUUUUAAGGCUUAUCCGGAAAGCCUAAUUAUGACAAUUUUAUACAUUGACGUCCCAAAAGAAUAUAUUUGUCGUAUCCGGCGAAGCGAAGUGUUAGAAAUCCCAGAUAAAGAAGAAAAUCUACUGUCAGUGUUGGCAGUGUUGGCCAUAUUAGCUGCAGUCCUAAACAUCAAGAUAGCAGUAAAAAAAACUAUCGAAAUCAUCGAAUCAAGGGAGAAAGAUCCAACCAUUUUUAAAAAUACCGGCAAACCAAAGCGCA